CUGACUUGUUUGGAUUGUAGAAACCACCAUCCUCGAGCGGGUGAUAAUCAUCAAUCUCUGAGGGAUCAUUCAGACCCAUCACGGCCAGCAUUGCAGCGCGCACUGCCCCCUGCAGCGCAUCCUGAUUUGUGUCUGAUGUCCCUGAUCCCCCUCCACUUUGCGCCUUAAGAGCCUCUAUGGCCUCUCGAAGCUCGGUAAUGGCUUGCGCAUUUUCAGCACGUAGUUUUUCUACCUCUUCUUUGGCCUGUGCUGACUCCUCCGUGGCCUUUUUUGCAGACUCUCGAACGUCCUUGAGGUCAGCUUCCGCUUGCCGAAGACGCGUCUGAAGGUCUUGAAUGCGAUUGCCAAGGUCAGCAACCUGGCUGGCUAUGCGCUGGGAUCCAACAGCCGAUUGGUGAGUCGGUGCAUUGGACUGUGUGCUGGCUGAUUGUAUGCGGGUACUUGUGACCCCUCCAACGCCAGCCGGACGAGCAAGUACAUUCAGUGAAGGGGCUGUGCGCUUGGCAAUAGCAGGCGCAGCCAAGGGUUGGUGCGUGGUUGAGUUUGGUCGCAGAGGAAGGAUGGGGCGAGGUGGGGGAGCUGAUUGUAUGCGCACAGCUUCAGUCGUAAUCAGGCCCGGAUCAAUCGCUGGCUGCUACAGCUAAGUGCCGCUCGAAGCACCGCUGGGAGUGCUGGCUUCAGCUCCAGAAGAGGAUGUUGAUGUCUCUCCUGAGCUCUGCUCGGGAUAGACGUUCGGAUAGAAGUCAGCAGGCUGGGGUGGGUGGUCAGGAAAGCCCUGCUGCACUGCAGCAGGUGGGGAACAGAUCCCAUCCGGCCAUUGGGGGGCAUUGACUGCAAGCGAGGGCGCUUUGAGACCCUCUCUGCCCCGCCAGCAGGCACACUCAAGUCCCUCUGCUGCCUAGCUGCGCUUGCAGGCAUGCUGGGCAUGAUGAAGGUGGGUGUAUGCGUGCCCCUCCCGCGCCCGGCACAGACUCCUCUGGUGGUGUUGGCAGCACUUCUCGUGAAUCCCCUACCGCGUCCCCGGCCAUUGUUUGUGUCGCCAAGCAGUCGUUUGGGUGGUUCAGGCAUCCUAGUGUAUGUCCGGGUGGAUUUCUGGGUGUUACGGACGCUGGAUGAUGAGUGGUGAGGCGAGCGCGGACGAGGGAAGCCAGGGAGGAAGCUCCAGGAGAAGCUCAGGGGGUAUAUGACUAUAUCGGGAAGGUGCGCUGCUCUUGCAGCCACCAGUAAUUCUUAGGGAUGUAAAUCGAG